GUGGAUUUUGCUCUGAAGGUGGUGCAGUGGUCGGAAUCGGAGACAGUGCGACUUCAGCUCUGGGACAUUGCAGGGCAGGAACGCUUCACCUCCAUGACCCGGCUGUACUACAGGGAGGCGUCAGCCUGCGUUAUCAUGUUUGACGUCACCAACAUCAGCACGUUCAGCAACAGCCAGAAGUGGAAGCAGGAUUUGGACAGCAAGCUCAUGCUGCCGGAUGGGAACCCCGUGCCUUGCCUACUGCUGGCUAACAAAUGCGACCUUUCCCCGUGGGCAGUGACAAGAGACGAAGUGGAUCGGUUCAAAAAAAAGGUGGAGACGUCUGUCAAGGAAAACAAGAAUAUUAAUGAGUGCAUGAGAGUCCUGAUUGAAAAGAUGAUGUCCUCAUCCACUGGUGAUGGAAGUUCCUCUGCUGCUGGGAGUGGGGAUUAUAUUAACAUAAAAGAGACAACCCCGCCAGGCUGGGCUUGCUGCUAG